GGACGCCGAGUGGAGCCGCUGCACCCGGGGCGCUUUUCAAAUGGGAGAUCCCUUCCAAUUAGCAUUUUGACUCAUUCAUAUCGUAGUUUCUUUCUAAUCUGGAGAUCAUAAUUCCUGGCAAGAGGCUCAUCAAACUGCAGGAUUGAAACCAUUGAUACUGUAGAUGUGGAAACCUCGCGUGAUGACGUCGGCGUCGUUCUACCUGCUGCUGCUGGAGGUCAUCCUGGUGAGCAGCGCGGCCAGAGGUCCGCCCAGGGUGUCGGAGCGCGUGUCCCACCGCCAGAGCGUGCGCCUGGGCCGCACGGCCAAGCUGCCGUGCCCCGUGGAGGGCGACCCUCCGCCGCUCAUCAUGUGGACCAAGGGCGGCCGCAACAUCCACAGCGGCUGGACGCGCUUCCGGGCGCUGCGGCACGCCCUGCGCAUCAAAGAGGUGGAGGCGGACGACGGCGGCGCGUACGUCUGCAAGGCCACCAACGGAUUCGGCAGCGUCAGCGUCAACUACACGCUCAUCAUCAUCGAUGAUUCUGGAGCUGGAACGGGCGACUCCGAACACAUUCCGGAGCUCACCGGGAAGCUCGUGCGUCCUCGCUUCACUCAGCCGGCCAAGAUGAGGAAGCGCGUCAUCGCCCGGCCAGUGGGCAGCUCCGUGCGCCUCAAGUGCGCGGCCAGCGGCGACCCUCGGCCCGACAUCGUGUGGCUGAAGGACGGACGGCCGCUGGGCCGCGGCGACGACCAAAACGGCGGCCCGGAGGAGGACGGGAAGAGGAAGAAGUGGACUCUGAGCGUGAAGAACCUGACGCCGGAGCACAGCGGAAAGUACACGUGCCACGUGUCCAACCGAGCGGGACACAUCAACGCCACCUACAAAGUGGAAGUCAUACAGCGCACCAACUCCAAGCCCAUCCUCACGGGCACUCACCCGGUCAACACGACGGUGGACUACGGCGGCAGCACGUCCUUUCAGUGCAAAGUGCGCAGCGACGUCAAGCCCGUCAUCCAGUGGCUCAAGCGGGUGGAGGCCGGCGACGAGAGCAAGUUCAACUCCACGCUGGAGGUGGGGGACCACCACUAUGUGGUCCUGCCCACAGGGGAUGUCUGGUCGCGGCCCGACGGCUCGUACCUCAACAAGCUUCUGAUCGCCCGCGCCAAGAAGGAGGACGCAGGCAUGUACAUCUGCCUGGGCGCUAACACCAUGGGAUACAGCUUCAGGAGCGCCUACCUCACCGUGCUGCCAGAUGCGAAGCCCCAAAACAACUUAGUCCCGACCGCCGCCUCGCCCAGCCUUCCGUGGCCCGUCAUCAUCGGGAUACCGGCAGGCGUGGCCUUGGUCCUGGGAACCGCCCUCCUCUGGUGCUGCCAGUCCAAACGCUCCUGCCCCUCCUCCGCCCCCUCGUCUUCCUCCCAAGCCUCCUCCGCCCUCCCCGCUGCCCAGCGCCUCCCGGUGGCGGGCCGGGAGCGAGUGUGCCCCGGCGCCGACAAGGAGGGCCUGUCCUACGAGGACUACGUAGCCCACCAGAGCCAAAACCAGCCGCUGACCUCCUCUAAGCUGUACCCCCAAAUCUACACGCACGACAUCCACACGCACACGCACUCGCACGUGGAUGGCAAAGUGCACCAACACCAGCACAUUCACUACCAAUGUUAGCAGCAGAGGGAUAAACGACACCCAUGACACUUUAGUGCAUUUUGGAACACAAUGAAGAAUGUAAAGAGAGAUUUUUUUUUUUUUUUUUAAAUAACAAUCAAAAGUCCCUCAAAGUAUUUUUUAAAAAGCUGACUAUAGAGGAAUAAACGGUUCCCCCGUGUACUGGCCUUCAAACAUUUGCGUCUUCUGUAUAUAGUCAGAUAUGAUUAUAUAGCAUUUAGCGUGCUUCUUCAUAUUGUAUCAAUGUAAUAAUGUGCAGUUAAUGUCAAUAGUUUCAUGUCAAUGUAGUUAAAGAAACAGCAACUACAUGUGCUUCAUCGGGAGGAGAAGAAGGAAGAAAAAGGCUGCUGAACGCUGCAUAGCACUCAGUAGACAUUUCAUUUGGUACACCAUCGAACUCGUCCCUUUGUUGAAUUUUUGGGGGAAAAUCCAGCCCCAAAAUCAGUGUCACUGAGUAACAUGAAGUUUGGUAGGCGUGUCAAUCAUGAGUAGAUCCACAAAAAGUCUCAAGAAGGCAUGUCCGAAUAGAAACAGGAAGUCCACCAGCGAAGGUUGAUGACUUAACAUUAAGGAUGAAACACUUUGGUGGAUUUUUUCGGGGGAAAAUCCAGCCCCCGAAGCAGUUUUGCUUUGGUAGGCGUGUCUAUCAUGAGGAGACCCACAAAAAAGUCUCAAAUGAAAACAGACAGGAAGUCAGCCAUUUUAGUUCCAAGCUGACAUUUUUGGCUCGGUUGCACUCAACCUGAUUUUCUUUUUAGCUCAGCCCCCCCAAAUCAGUGGGGGAAACAUGAAAUUUUGGUAGGCGUGAGUAGACCCACAAAAAGUCUUACUCAAAACGCAGGAAGUCUCCCAUUUUACAUGAAUUGUAGUCAUUUAUAAGGUUCCUGCAAAGAGGAAUUUGUCUUAUUAUAAUUAUUUUUCUGAUUGCUAACAAAUUUUAAACUUAGAUGGAUGGACAACGCUAAGUUGUGAUUUUUAUUGAUUGAUUUUUAUUUUUUUUGCGUGAUGACUCGGCCCUGGCUUCUCAGCCAUCUCAGCGUAUUUUGUACCUAAUGACUUGGCCACAGAGUGCGUGCGUUCACUUUGAGCUCACCGCAUAUCAAGUUUAUACCGUUUGAAACCUGUGAUGCUAUUUCUACAAUUACCAUAUGUUGUUAUUUCUGCUCAUGUUAUGUUGAAAACUAACGGACUGCCGCCACUAUAGACCAACGUGUUAAUGUGCACUUACCGCUGGUAUGUAUGUAAGUGAAUUUAUUUUUUUAUUAAAUAGUCAAAGUAGUGAUUUCAAUCUUUUUUUAAUUGCCUCAACAUUGGGUAAAAAUAAUUGCAUUUCUUAUUUAUUUUCAUUGGGCAUUAUACUGCAUGAGUUCAUUUUGUGUGCGUGUGUAUUUGUGUAUGUAUGUACAUAUAUAUCUUUGUAAGAUAUGGUAUUUAUAAGUGCUGGCAGAUGUUUUGGAUAUUCGUUGUAUGGACAAUCUUGUACAGUUUAUCUUUUGUUGCAUAUUAAUCG